UCUUAUAUUUUCCCAAAGUCUCCUACUUUAUGUAGCAACAUUACAUAUUCUCUCAACUUAGUCUUAGCCCACAAGGCAUGGAACACAAAAAUUUCUUUGAGAAUAUAGUUGAACACCAACUUUUCUCCACCACCACCACCUCGGCCGCAUCCGCGUCCGCGUCCGCGUCCACAUCCUCGUCCUGCUCAAACGAGAGCCUCGACAAGGCUAGUAGUAGCAACGAAACCACAAAGCCGUCGUCUCAAGGCGAAAAGAGCGGCAACGAGGUCAGCAAGCGGCGGAGGGGCGGUGCCGCCGCCUCCGCCGCCGCCGCCGGCGAGAAGCACCCGGCUUACCGGGGCGUGCGGAAGCGGAAUUGGGGGAAAUGGGUGUGCGAAAUCCGGGAGCCGAGGAAGAAGUCGAGGAUAUGGCUGGGGACGUACCCGACGGCGGAGAUGGCGGCGCGGGCCCACGACGUGGCGGCGCUGGCCAUCAAGGGGCAGGCGGCGUAUCUCAAUUUCCCUCAUCUAGCGCAGUUCCUUCCCCGGCCGGCCUCCACCGCGCCGAAGGACAUCCAGGCGGCGGCGGCCAAGGCGGCGGCGGCGACAUUCCCCGCCGAAGCCGAGCCGCGGCUCGUGAGCUCGUUCUCGUCGACGGAUUUGGCGGCGGAGAGCAUGCAAGAGUCGGCUCAUGACGACGACACGUUUUUCGACUUGCCGGAUCUGUCGCUGAGCACGGCCUCGGGUCGAGGAGGCGGGUAUUGCUACUAUGUUUCGUCGUGGCCGAUGGCCGGAGAAGAUCCGAUCUUGUGGGAGUGCAGCUAGCUAAGCUCUACGAGUAUUAGUAUUUUUAUUUUUUAUAUAGUUAAUUUUUUUUUAUUUUUUUCUACAUUUUUUGAAAUUUUUGGGAUAGCUAACACACAUUUUGAUCUUGUUCUUGAAAGUGAAAUAAAUGUGUAUGAUCUAGUUAUGGUUUGGAGGAAUCGAAUAAUAGUUUGAAGGGUUGUCAGCCAAUUAAUGUUGUGGAAUUAUUCUAUAUCACUAUACGCUGCGCAUUUUGGUGA